UUGAUAAAUCCUGAUAAUGGUCAUGAGUUCUUCGUUUAUGAUGAAUUCUACGCCGGCGGCCUAUCCAACGGCCGCCAUCGUUGAUCAUAAACCAUUUGUAUCAUCAAUGAAUUUGAUGGAUCCAUUAUCAUUAGAUUAUGGUACAGGUGGAUUAUCUACCACUACUGGUAGUAGUGUUAUCGGUGUUAAUAAUAGUAAUAAUGGUAAUGGUGGAUUAAUUGGUACCGGUGUCAAUGGUAUUGUUGUUGGUACACAGAAUGGUAGUGUUGUCACACAGAAUAGCCAUCUAAAUCAUCUGACAAAUUCAAAUCAUCCACAUCAUCAUCAUCAUAGUACACAUCCUAAUCAUCAUAGUUCAUAUUCAUUAUCUGACUAUUAUGGAAGCCAUCAUUCACAUCAUCAUCAUACGACACAUCAAUCAACGGCCGCAUCAAAUUCAAUUCAAUCAGCACUUGCGGCCGCUGCUGCUGCUGCUGCUCAAUCACAAAUGCCACCAAUGGGCCUUGGCCAACAUCAUCAUCUUGGUGGUGGUGGUGGUGGUGGUGGUGUCACAAGUAGUGUUGUUGGUGGUGGUGGUGCUGGUGGCGGUCCAAUUAUAUCAUCACCACAUACCCAUCCAAUGAAUCAUCAAAUGAAUUCACACCAUCAUUAUGGUUAUCAUUUAAAUUAUUCACCAAUUGACCAAAACCCGGUACAAAUAACACAUCAUCCACAUGCAUCUCAUCAUAAUGCUGGUCAUCCACAUACACCACAUCCACAACAUCAUACAACGCAGCAUCCAUCACAACAACAUCAACAACAGAAUCAUCAUUUAAUAUCAUCUCAUCAUCAUCCAUAUGGUGCACAUUCAAUGUCAUCAUCAUUAGGUCAAUCAAUGGCCAAUUCUUUAUCAACAUUAGGUGUGAAUAAUAAUAACAAUAGUAAUGGCAAUGGACAUCAAUAUUUUUCACCAUGUUCUAUGGGAAAUAGUGGUGGUGGUGGUGGUGGUGAUGUUUCACCACUUGGACCAUUAUCAAUGUCUACUACAGGUCCACAUCCAUCAUUAUCAUUACAGAAUUCAACAUCAACACCAACAGCGUCAUCAUCGAAUAAUCCAUCAUCAACAACACCAAAUAAUAAUAAUCAAAUAUCACCAAUAAGUCAUCAACAUUCACCAUUGGGUGGUACAAAUAGCAAUCUAAAUUCUUCCGGUGAUCCCGGUAGUUGUGGUGGUGGUGGACAUUUAUCAUCACGUGUAUCAAGUCCUUCAUUAAUUGGUCAACAUUCACCACAAUCACCUGGUAGUCGUUGUAAUAAUCAAUCGAUGGGUUUAUUAAUUGAUCCACCAUCACCAAUGAUUGAUGAUUGUGCAUUAUCCACUGCAUCUGGUUCUGAUUCUGGUACUGGUGGUGGUGGUGGUAGUAGUAGCGGUGGUGGUGGUGGUCAUCCAGUGAUAUAUCCAUGGAUGAAAAAAGUUCAUGUUGCACCGGGAAAAGGAGGAAUUCAAAAUGGUGGCAAUAAUUUUACUGGGGCCGAACCAAAACGUCAACGAACUGCAUACACACGUCAUCAGAUAUUAGAAUUGGAAAAAGAAUUUCAUUUUAAUCGUUAUCUAACCAGAAGACGACGUAUUGAAAUUGCACAUUCCCUUUGUCUUAGUGAACGACAGAUAAAGAUUUGGUUUCAGAAUCGUCGUAUGAAAUGGAAAAAAGAUAAUAAACUACCAAAUACAAAAAAUGUGAAGAAAAAGAAUCCACAGAAUAAUAAUAAUCAGAAUAAUUCGAAUAAUAAUAAUCAAUCGAACAAUAAUAAUAAUAAUUCCAUAAUUGGUGGCAAUACAAAUUCUGUCGCCAACAGCAACAACACCAACAACAAAUGCGGCGGCAACGACGCCGACAAUAAAAAUCAUCAACAACAACAACAGCAUCCAAAUCAAUCAUCAACACCGAAUCAUUUG